UAGUUUAUAAAUGGAAACCAGCAAACUAACUAUAAAAGUGUAUGGGAUUCUAAAAGAAGCUGAAUAUAUUCAAUCAAAAUUCCUAGCAGAAGGAUUGUUUUUAAGAGAUAAAGAGGUUUUCUUUGAACCGCUUUGUCAUGGAAUGAUGGAGAAUGAAUGGUUAGAAUUUAUACAAGAAUUGAAGCAGAAUCAAGCUGAGCUAACGGUUACUCCUGGCUAUUGUCUAAUUUUUGUUAACAAAGAGAUUAUUGGAAACACAGAAAGUUUUGUUGAGUGGGCUUACAAAGAACAUGCUUUUUUAGAUUUCCGGCCUCUUUCUUUGCAUUGUGCUGUGGCUAAAGAAGAAUAUAAAUUACUGCUAAGAAAUAAAAAGACAGAUUUUGUUUAUUUUGACAUUAAAAUUGAUGAAAAAAAGUAUGGAAGACUUACUUUUGAGUUAUUUAGUGACUUAUUGCCAAAGACAUGUCAAAAUUUUAAACAGCUUUGCUUUGGUGUUUUAGAAGAAAAGGAGACACAUGAUCCUCCAUUAAAGUUAUCAUAUAAAGGAAGCUUAAUUCAUCGGGUUGUAAAAAAAGGUUGGAUACAAGGAGGAGACAUAAUUGAAGGCAAAGGAAAUAAUGGAUGGUCAAUUUAUGGAGAAUUAUUUGAAGAUGAAAACUAUUCAGUUCUACAUACAAAAAGAGGUAUUUUAGGCAUGGCUAACAAAGGACAUCAUACUAAUGCCUCACAAUUUUACAUUACUUUAGCUCCUGCAAAGUGGAUGGACUAUCAAUAUGUUGCAUUUGGACAAGUUAUUGAAGGUUUGGAUUUACUCAAUGUUAUUGAAGACAUUCCAACAUACAAUGAGCGCCCUAUCCCACAAUGCAUCAUUGAGAAUUGUGGAUUGUAUGAUUUUCAAUCUUUAUAGUUGUUUUUCUAAUAAAGAAAAAUGAAACUUUUAAUUUAUUCAGUUAUCUAAAUAAAUUUAUUAUUGAUGUAAAAAUUGUUUAAUAAUAUUUUUUGUAAAAUAAAGUUAAUUUAUUAUUUUGAUAAAAUAUGGAUAUAGGUUGUAAAUAUUAAUAUAUAUAGUGCUAAUA